AAUCUCUUGUGAUUCUACAUUCAUCAUCAUUUCUCUUUCUUUCAUCACAUCCAGUCCAGUAUCAGGUGCGUCGUGAUGAGACUCUGGUUCAAUGUGUCACGUCUCGUGUGGAGGUGGAGCGAUCCUCAGAGAUGUCAAACUCUUCUAGAGGUCCAGCGGUCCGAGCGUCUGCGUCUCGAGCAGUCGGCUCAUCAGCAGGUUCUUCAGACACACUCUCUGGAUCUCCAGACUCUCUCUUGACGGUCCGUUCCAUCGAUCUUCUGAAGUCCAGAGAUGGGCUGAACCGCAGAGAGCAUCGCACGGACGCUUUCAUUCAUGACAAACUGAUCGUCCGCAGAGGUCAAACCUUUCAGAUGUUGAUCGACCUCUCGCGACCAUUUAACCCUAAAACUGACCGUCUUCACCUGGAGCUCAGGUUAGAUUACAUGUUCACGAGUGUUCGAGGGAUUCGCAUCAUGGUUUGGUUAGUGGAUGAUCUGGAAGACGGCCGAUGGGAGAUGAAGAUCGUGGAGCAGAAAGACACAAAGAUCAGAUUGUCAGUCAAUACUCCAGCCAGCGCUUCUAUUGGCCAGUAUAAAGUCUCUGUGGUGACGUAUUCACGGAAGGGCGGGAUGUUAUUUCCAUACGCUCAGAAUAAUGAAUUCUACAUGCUGUUUAACCCCUGGUGUGAAGAUGAUCCGGUGUAUUUAGAUAAUGAAGCUGAAAGGAGAGAAUGUGUUCUGAAUAACAUGGGAAGAAUUUACUACGGUACCGAGCUGCAAAUCGGAACCAGAACCUGGAACUUUGCUCAGUUUGAAGAGGAUGUUCUUGAAGCUUCUCUGUUUGUGUUGGAGAGAUCGCGAGUCUCUGUGACGGCGUGGGGUGAUCCGGUGAUCAUGUGCAGAGUUAUAUCAGCUCUUGUCAACUCUAAUGAUGACAGGGGUAUACUGGAAGGCAAUUGGUCAGAGAGUUUUGAGGGUGGGACCGCGCCCACAGCCUGGAGUGGCAGUGGAGACAUUCUGAGACAAUACUACAAGAGUUCAGGAACGCCUGUGAAAUUCGCUCAAUGCUGGGUCUAUGCUGGAGUCACAAACUCAGUGUUGAGAUGUUUGGGAAUUCCUACCCGCUGUGUGACGAACUUUAGCUCCGCCCAUGACACAGACUUCUCCAUGACAACGGAUAUUUACAUUGAUGACAAACUGGAGGUCAUUAAAGAACGUACGAAUGAUUCUGUCUGGAACUUUCAUGUAUGGAAUGAGUCCUGGAUGGCUCGUCCGGAUCUCCCGGUGGGUCAUGGGGGGUGGCAGGUGGUCGACUCCACCCCUCAAGAGCACAGUCAGGGUUCCUACCGCUGCGGUCCGACCUCUGUCACCGCGGUCCGUAACGGACAGGUCAACCUAAAGUACGACACACCGUUUGUGUUUGCUGAAGUGAACAGUGAUAAAAUCUUCUGGCAGAGGAAACCUGAUGGGAGUUUCUCUCAAGUCCACGUGGAGAAGCAUUCCAUCGGUCAGCACAUCAGCACUAAAGCUGUGGGCUCAGACAUGCGUAUCGAGAUCACACACCUCUACAAACACCCAGAGGGUUCAGAGGAGGAGCGUAUGGUUGUGGAGACGGCCAGUCGUUACGGCUCUAAACCGAUGAUGUAUCCCCUCCCCUUGGCCAAUGAUGUGACGGUUGAAAUCAUUAUGGAGGGGGCGGGGCCUCGUAUGGGCGGUGAUGCCAAACUGAGUCUGGUCCUGAAGAACAGAAGUUCAGUUCAGCGCAGCACAACACUUCUGUGUGAGGUGCUGGUCAUGUAUUACACUGGAGUUCUGAAAGCAUCGCUGAAGAAAGAACGUUUUCCUGUCAUCCUCAAACCUCAAGAGAUCAAAUCUAUUCCCUGGAUCCUGCAGUAUGGAGAGUAUAUGAAUCAUCUGGUGGAUCAGGGAGCUCUGAUGCUCACCGUCACCGGACGAGUCAAUCAAACCAAACAGAUUCUGGCCACUCAGUUCAACUUCAGACUGCGAACACCAGAUCUCACCAUCACUCCUGUAGGAGAAGCUGUGAUGGGUAAAGAGCUGACGGUCAAGAUCUCAUUUCAAAAUCCACUGCAGCAGGUGUUGAAGAACGUUCUGUUCAGGAUCGAGGGAUUGGGAAUGCAGAGCGUCAGAAAGAUCCUCUAUGGUGAUGUGGAGAAGCUGGCGACAGUGACACUGACGGAGAAGUUUGUCCUUGUGUUCUCCGGCCCUCAGAAGCUUCUGGCAUCGAUGGACUGCCGUCAGCUCACUCAGGUGCACGGAGUCGCUGAUAUUGUGGUGAAACGACAGUAAAACAGAAACUUUAUUUCAUUUCUGUUUGCUCUGAAGGACAGUAAA